ACUUGCGGGUCACUCUACGAUUUGAACCAGUGAUUAUGUCAUAAACGUUGACCUAGAUUAAUUCACUAAACUGUGGAGUGACUGUGUGUGUGUGUUAGGAUUUGUUGAUUACAUCGAGGUGCGUCUGGUAAGUGACAACCUCUGUGAGUACGGGAAGUGACAACCUCUCUGCAGUUAAGACCAGCUGAGAGAAACUUGAGGAAGACUUACCACAGACGUCACACACACGACGUCUUCAGUUAUGUAUCCAAGAUCACUGACGGCCGGAUACUACAGAGGCACAUCCGGAUGUUUUGAUUUACGUUUCUGGGGAGACACGUCAUAAUCAAACGUCAUCAUGUCGCAUAAAUACGUCUCGAACAAGGCCGUCAUGAAGAACCAGGGGUUCUUGGACAAGCUGGGUUCGACGCUCAUGUCCCGAUCGAACCCGAACCCGAUGACUGAGGUUAAGACCCAAUCAAGCAUUACCUGGCAUAAGACCUCAGACGUGAAGGCUCGCAUCAAGACUGCUACAGGGACUAUCGCUAUCUACGAGGAUAUGAGCCCGGAGGAGAUAGCCGAACUGCAAGAACAGGCGACUAUGGCGGCAGGAGGAACCGCACCCGAGCUCUCUGGUGCCGCAGCUACCGCAGUACAGACAGCAGCCAUCGCCGCAGGAAUUGGCCAAGAGGAGGAGGAAACGACCACGACAAUCACAUACCUCGUCAAUGCAGACUACCACCCUGACGACCCCGAGGGACUGGCUGUUGUGGCUGGCCAGAAACUCGUCCUUGUUGACAAAUCCAGCCCCCAUAAACGGCCGCGACUGGAGGGAGAUGACAAGACAACGGUGGGUCUCCUGGACAACUCGGCUGCCAAGCACAAGAUGGCAGUCAGACCCAAGCGGAACCAUCCCGACCCAAGAUCCCGUGCACAGGAGGCCAGUGAGGAGAGAUGGCUGGUACGGGACCAAGAAUCAGGGAAGGAGGGGUUGGUACCAUCGCGUCUCCUAGCCGUCCACACCCAGGAGACCACAACCUCCAUCAAGGCCUCCCUGAAGCGCUCCAUGCAGCACAUCGCCAUGGAGGAGACCCUUAGCGUGAAGAAGAACUUGAUGAAGGAGAUUAGAGAGUUUAAGACACGUAAACUCUCUAGUAAGCUCUUGGGGCCCUCUCCUGAAGACGAAGCCAGAGCUAAAAGGACAGCGACUAUCCGUGAGCUUAUCGAGACAGAGGAAGAGUUCGUAAGAGAUCUAGAAUUUGUGAUGGAGAAUUAUUACUGCCUGAUGGACAAGUCAACAACGCCCCGUAGUGUGAGGGACCAGAAGGAACUAAUCUUCAAUAAUUUCAAGUUCAUCGCCGAUUUCCACCAGAAUGUUCUCAUCGAAGGUGUUAAAUUUCACUCCGAGGUUCCCACUAUGAUUGGUCGAACGUUCCUUAGACUGGAGCGGGACUUCGACAAACACGCCGAGUACUGCAGCAACGAGCCGCUGGCACAGGAGUUCCUGGAAAACAACGUACCUAUCAAGGAGUUCUUCGAGGACUACAGUCAGAAGCUCGGGGACGACAAACGUCUUCAGGAACACUUGAAACUUCCCAUCCAGCGGCUUAACGACUACCAGCUCCUUCUACGGGAGCUGGUCAAGUUCAGCACUAAGCUUGGUGACGACACAGCUGACCUUCAACGCGCCUAUGAGUUGAUGCAAAGUCUCCCUCAGAGGGCGACAGACGCUAAGUUCAUCAGCUCUAUUGAAGGGUUUAAGGGUAACCUGUUCAAGCUUGGGCGACUCAUCAGACACGAUUGGUUCAGCGUAAGAGAGGCGGGUCAGAAGGCUAGAGACAGAUACCUGUUUCUCUUCAAGGCUAGGAUCCUCAUCACCAAGGUCAGGCGUAUUGGUGAGGAUCGAUCUGUCUUCAUCCUUAAGGACAUCAUCCGACUCCCAGAAACAUCAUUAGGGAGUCUCGACCAGCCCAAAGCUCUCGAGUUCUUCCACAUAGAAUCCCUCAGUCAUCCUAACUACCCCAUCUUGAUCGAGGCCAGAACACCUGAGAUUAGGGAUUCGUGGCUCGCGGGCAUUAAGGAGUACGUCGUCGAUACAGCAUCAGUCGAGGACUUACUCUUCGACGACGAACUCCGUGUUGUGUCACAAGACAUUGACGAGGAAGACGCAGGAAUCGUCUCACCCGUCCCGGAGGUCCAAGAAUACGAGGACCUCCCUGAAGACGAAGAGCUCUUUGAAAAACUCGCCAAAGAGUCUCAAGAGUUCCUGGAGAGAGAGCCUUCCCCUCCAGCUAAGAGACAAAAACCCGAGUCUCAGCCGCUAAAGGAAGUCGUCGAGGAGCUAGACUUCUGGGCCGUUAAGGAGGAGGACGACAUCCCCGUGCAGUCAGGCCGUCCUAGUGAGGGAGCUUCUCCAACCUCCGCUAAGGAAACGGUAAAAGGAGUUACUCUAGAGCAGGUAGAGGAAUCCCGUGCUGCAGCAGAGCAGAAACAGGCCCCCACCACCUCGUCACCCACCCCACAGCAAAUCCUUCUAGCCGACCAACAGGAACCAGCAUCGAAACCAGCGCCUGAACCAACGAAGCCAGCCACUGAAGCCAAACCCGAACCCCCCAAACCAGCUGAAGCCAAACCCGCACCACCUAAGCCAACUGAAGCCAAACCCGAACCCCCUAAGCCAGCUGACGCCAAACCCUCACCACCUAAGCCAACUGAAGCCAUACCCGCACCAUCUAAGCCUGAGCUCCCGAAGCUUGUGGUGCCGACUCCUGAAGUGAGUAAGCCAGAGGUGAAGAAAGAAGCCACCAAGCCACCUCAACCAACAACAAAGAAGAUGGAUGAACCGACAACGCCGUUCACCCCUGGGGGCUCGCCGAAGCCUGUGUUUACCAAGACCCUUAAGGGAGACGUAGUGGAACCUGGUGAUAGUGUCUCCUUCGUGUGUGAGGUUGCCCACCCACUCCCUUACUUCGUCACAUGGCUUAAAGACUCCAAGCCACUGGACGACAAGCUGGCAGACCGCGUCCAACAACAGGACAGUGGCACCAGGCAUACCCUCAAGAUGACAGAUGAAGGCGCCAGACACACCUUACAGGUGAUGAACUGCCGCGUCCAGGACUCAGGCAUCUACACUGCCAAGGCCACAGAUGAGGUUGGUGCCAGCGCUACUUGCUCAGCCCAACUUCUCGUACAGGAAUUGACGGAAGAGGAACGAGCUCGUCGCAUAGCCGAGAAGUCUCCCUUCUUCCUCGUCAGGAUGAAACCGACGGAGGUGAUCGAGAAUACCAACCUCUCCUACACCAUCCAUGUCAAGGGCGACCCUAUGCCAGAGAUUCAGUUCUUCAAGGACGACACAGAGAUCAAGGAGGACUCUAGAGUAACACUUCACCGUGACUUCGCCAGCGGCCACUACGAGUUACUCAUCUCUCACGUCCAGAAGAGUGACGAGGCAACUUAUAAGUGUCUCGCCAGGAACAAGUUUGGGAGAGCUGAGUGUCAGGCAAUGAUGACUGUCAGUGACGAGGAACUGGUGUAUGAGAGUCUUUCCGGCAAGGGGUCGCUGCUGGCCAAGGGAGAGAAGGCAGAGUUCACGUGGUUUAGAGACGGUCAGGAGUAUGACCCCCUCGAGCGCUUCAACGUCAUGUUCAAGGACGACGAGGACACGCUGGCAUUGGUGUUCCAAAACGUGACCCCAGAGGACGCCGGCCUCUACACCUGUGUGGCCUCUACCUCCUGCGGCAAGAUCUCCUGUUCCGCCGAGCUUACCGUCGAAGGCUCCGUCAAUCGUCUCCUGCGUGACCCGGAGCCUCCCAUCAUCAAGGAGGAGCUUACUGACACUCAAGUAGCCCAAGGAGGGUCUGCCAUGCUCGAGUGCAAGAUCGGAGGCUUCCCUAAACCCGAGUUGGAAUGGACCAAGAAUGGUUUAGACGUGAAGGUCGGGGGUCGUUUUAAGCUCCUUUGGGAGGACGAGGAAUCGGUAGCUCUCGUGAUCAAGAAUGUGGAAGAGAGAGAUGCUGGGCUCUAUCGCGUCAUGGCCAAGAAUGAACUGGGAGAGGUGGAGUGCUCAGCCAACCUAGCCAUCAAGGCUGGGCCAAAGAUCAAGAACAUGAAGAAGGAGGUCGCUUGUGUCAUCGGCCAGCCCUUAAACUACAAAGUGGAGGUGGAAGGUGAACCCAAGCCUGAGAUCCGAUGGAUGAAGGAUGGCAAGCCUCUCGUGGAGUCAGACAGGAUCAAGUUUGGUAAAGACGCCGAUAAUGUUUGGUCACUUAAGAUUGACGCGAUGCAGAUGGGGGACUGUGGCUGCUAUACGGUCAUGGCAGUCAAUCCCAUCGGUCAAGUGUCAGAAUUCUUUAACUUGGAAUCGGAUGCUGCGCCACAGAUCACACGCGGUCUUGAUCCCGAGACUGAGAAGAAACUCAACUACGACAUCGCCUUCGAAGUUAGAGCGACUGGCAGUCCUAAACCUGAUGCCCGAUGGUUCCACAACGGGAAGGAGAUCAUGGGUGACGAUAAGUUCAAGAUGAUUAAAGAUGAAGCUUUUUAUAUCCUCAAGAUCCGCAAGUUGGAUAGGAAGGAUAAGGGCAAAUACACCUGUGAGCUGACCAACACGAGCGGUAAGGUCAGUACUGAAGGAGAGCUGAUCGUCCGAGCACCUCCAGACUUCAUUAUCCCCGUCAAGGAUGUCUGUGCCAAGGAGGGCAGUAAGGACGUCAAGCUCUUCGUCGAAUGGGAGGCCAACCCUAAGCCCUCCGUCAAGUGGUUCUUCAAUGAUAAGCCCAUCAGGGAAGAGACCCCAGGGUACACCAUCAAGGGCCAAGACACCACCCAGGUCCUUACCAUCCAUGAGGCUGCUCAGGAGUUCGUUGGUACCUACACUGUCAAGGCGAGCAACGAGUAUGGUGAGAGUGUGUGUAAGGCCAGGUUCCGACUCCACGAAGCUCCUGCCAUUACCGAAGGACUGAAGGAUGUGGAGUUCCUUGAGGACAACACCUGCAAAUACACCUUCAAAGCUACCGGCAUCCCACUACCCGAGAUCAAGUGGACCAAGGACGGGAAGAAAUGGUCUCCUGAUGACCGUCGGGUUAAACUCAAGGUGGAGAAUGAGGACACCUUCAGUUUGGUCUUCGAGGAGGCUAAGACCGAAGACUCUGGUCACUACGUCGCCACGGUCUCCAACGUCGAAGGCUCCACCACCACUGAGGGCACAAUUACCGUCAACACAGAUCCGAGAGGUCAAAGUAAAUCUGGCAAAGAGACCGCUAGAUUACGUUCUCAGUAUAGCGUUGAGGAUGAGGUGGAGUCAGACGAGGAAAACAAAGACGCAAUUGGUGAACACGCUGGUGACGUCACAAUUAACAGUGUUGUGAAUGGUCCAGAUGAUGAAGUGGACCAGCAAUUAGAGGCAGGCUUUGGUGAGGGGAAGGGAAAAAGAAAACUCUCAAUAGAUUCUGAUCAGGAGUCAAAGGAAACGGCAAAAAACAAAAAAGGAAAUAAACCGCAUCGUGAAAAUUCUGAAAUCUUAGUCGCAGAGGAACACGGCCAUAAGGCUAAACGUCCCCACACCUGGACAACAACAACAGCAGAACACUCCUCCCACACCUUCGAGAAAGACACGAAUGUAGGUGACGAUAUGGAGACGACGUUCACGAAGGCUACGAACGUCACAGUCAGUGAGGAACUAUCGAAGAGAGACGAUGGAGGCGACGACGACAACGAUGACGACGAAGGGCUAGUGUUUCAGAAGACGUGGGACGUGCCUGCUGUGGAGGAGGAGGGGACACCAGGAUACAGGAUGUUGGCUUCCUGCAGCGUACACCGUCAGGAGAACGUCACCAAGACUAUCAUUACUGCCGAGUCUGAUGUGGGUGACCAAGAUGACGUGUCCAAGUCCUCCAUCGUCCAUUUGUUACACACCGUAGAGGUUGAGGAGUACAAGGGUGUGUUAUCUGACGAGGACGAGGAUGUAAGGAAGGACGUGGCCCCCUUGAUUAUCCAGGAGGAAGUUAAGACAGAGGAGAAUCGAAGUGACGUGCGUUCCAUCCUCAUCCGUAGCUCUGAUGACGAUGAUGAUGACGGUGGUGGUGGUGGGGGAAAAGGCUAUGAUCUGAUAAAUGAUGGCACAGGGAAGAGAAAAAAACACACGAAGAAAUCUGUUUCCUUUGACGACGGCCUUGGUGAGGAUGGUGUUCCUGGCGACAACAUGGACACCAAGAACUCCUUAAGUGGUCAGGAAGGGAAGAGUGAGAAGGAGAAGGAUGACCACUUGACCUCCUCACCCUCACGUUCUGAUAAUGAAGCCAAAGCCGAUGCCGAAAGUUCGAACCUUGCGACUCCGAACACGGAAGGUUUAGUCAAUGCUGGUGAACUCUCCAUCUCUCAGGAGGUUUCCAAGGGGAGAAAGAAACCGCAGGAGAAGCUAAGUAGAAGCCCAAUGGUGGCUUCAUUAGACAACGAAGGAGGAGCUCCUCCGCACAUCGUAAAAAGUAACUUCAAGGAUGGCAAGAGUUUCAUCGCCAUGCAUAAAUUCGUUCUGGAGGUGGAGGCGACUGCUGUACCCGAGGCUGUGGCUACCUGGUACUGCAACGGCAAGGAAUUGAAGGAGGAAGAGGACAGUGUUAAAUUCUCUUUCGAUGGCAAGAAGUACACAGUGGAGAGGAUUGGCAGUGACCCAGAACACUCAGGGGAAUAUAAGUGCGUGCUGAAGAACAAGAUCAAGGAGGUUGAGGAAGUGGGCCAAGUUACUGUCAAGGAGAAGGAGGCUCGAGUCCGUAACAAACUAGAGGACGUGUUUGUAAAGGAACACACAGACGCCGUCAUCAAGUGCCAAAUCGUAGGCGACCCGAUCCCUGAGGUCCAAUGGCUGAGGGACGGGAAGCCACUGCCUACCUCUGAGAAGUUUGAGGUCACCUGUGAACGGAUGUCUGGUUGGCACACCUUGAUAGUGAAGGAGGUGAAGGAAACGGAGAAAUGUUCCUUCACUGUCAAGGGCAAGAACCAACAUGGCGAGUGUCAGACUACCUGCCGCAUGGGGGUGUUGGUGAAGCCACAACCUGGACCACUAGCCGACGAGACUGUUGAUUACGGGAAGGACCUCCACCUCACUGUGCCUAUCCACGCCUUCCCCCCGCCUACCAUGGUCUGGACUCUCAUGGGGAAGGAACUACACGACGGAGAACACUUCGAGUACACACGGAAUGAGGAGAAGGAGAUUUAUGGCCUCCGGAUCCACUCUGCCGUGUUAGAGGACGCUGGCAAGAUCACUUUCACUGCCUCGAACGCUGCUGGUAGUGAGGCUGGCUCCUGCACUGUCAAGGUCCACACCGAGAAACCAGCAGUAAUUGGCGCCCUGGAGAACCUGAACUACUGUCUAGAAGAUGACGUCACCUUCACCCUCCGAGCGUCAGGUCUACCGCUGCCUGAGUGCCAAUGGAAGAAGAACGGAGUGCCAGUGAAGGCGGACGAUCGCCACGUGUUCACCAACCCUGAGCCUGGCGUCUACUGCCUCACCAUCAAGGACCUCAACAUGGACGACUACGGUGAUGUGUCAGUCGCAGCCAAAAGCCUGGUGGGGGAGUGUAGCUCUAAGGCCUCGCUGGUGCAGAAGAAACUACCCUGCGAGGUUGUGGAAGGCCUGGAUAAUGUCACGAAGGGCGCUGAGGGUGAUGAUGUUACGCUUACUGUCAAGAUAAGAGCGUCACCAAGGCCUAACUUUGUCUGGACCAAGGACGGAGACGUGUGUGAGGCCUCUGGAAAGAUUAAGAUCGACAUCAAGAAGACUUCGUACUGUGAAGCCACCAUCUCCCUGACGCUGGUCGAGGCUUCCUCCAUCGACUCUGGCCAGUACCGCCUCAAGUUCAGCAACGAGCUUAACGAGACCAGCACUGAGACCGCCCUUGUGGUCAGGCCUGUUCGUAUGAAGCCAAAGGUCACCAGGAAACCUAAAGACCAAGAGAUUAUGGACGGCAAAUCCUGCAAGUUUGAGGUCAAGAUCAUAGGAUUCCCCAAGCCAGAGGUCAAAUGGUUGAAGGAUGGCCACCAGGUGUAUCCUACAGACGUCAUCGACACAGGAGUCACUGCCGAAGGACUCUAUUACCUGGAGUUCAAGGUGGUGAGCCAGGAGGACGCGGGCAGGUAUACCGUCCACGCCUCUAACGAAGAAGGCGCUGUAGAGGCCGACACUUCUCUGGUUGUGACACCUCCUCCUUCAAGGCCAGAGUUUAUCCAGAGCUUAAGGGCCAGCAAGGUCAUCCUCGGCUACCCUGUCAGGAUGGAGGUCAAGCUUGGAGGCUCACCUAGGCCAGAGGUCCAGUGGUUGAAGGACGGUCAGCCAAUCAACAUCGACGGUAAACACUUCAAGCAGAUUGUUGAGCCAGACGGAACAGUCAUCCUCCAAAUCGACUCAGCUACGGAGGGUGACAUGGGCGAGAUCACCUGUGUGGCCAAGAAUCCUGAGGGUGACUCCAAGUCCUCUGCUACUCUCUCAGUCCUCGGAUUCAAGCGGGAGGAUGGACAACCCGACAGUGCGGCCAGGUUCUCUGAGGGCCUGAAGGACAUGAGCUUUGACGAGGGCCAGACUAUCCGGCUCCCUGUGGCAAUGAAGGGUGGACCAGUACCCCACAUGAAAUGGUAUAAGGAUGGCCAAGAGAUUAAGCUUGGUGACCGAGCCUUCUACACCUACGAUGGUGAUAGGAAACAGGCUUACUUAGAAAUCCGUCCAGCAGUGGGAACAGACUCCGGCAAAUACAAGUGUGUGAUCCAGAAUGCUCACGGAUCAGCUGAGACGGACUGUGAGGUGACCAUUCGGAAGAGUUUCAGCACCUUAUUAAGAGCAGAUUAUCUAAUAAAAUCGUAA